AUGGCACCUUCUCCAACCGAAGUCGAUUACGAGCAACAACCACUUCGGACCCGGCUCCCGAAGGUUUCAGACCGUGCUGAAGACUCGAAGCACAGAUUUUCGAAGAGUCGCAAUGGCAUGUUCGUCUUCACAAAGCCGACAUGCAAUCAAUGUGCUCGCCGCCGCAUAGAAUGCGGCGGCUAUAGGAUGGAUGUCAGAUUCAAGACAGCAAGAGAGCCGAAGAAGAACAGCGCAAUUGUCAAGAGCCUGGGACAGUCUAUGUUCCAAGCAAAUCGACCCAGGGCAGCUAGUAGAGGGUCUCAGAACUCUCGAGGUGGUAAUGUGGCCGCUGCACCUGUUAUCGACCCUGGAGGCACAAAUCAGUUCCAAGUUCAAACCACAGCACCUGGUCGAUCGCAUUCCGAGGAUAUGAUGGACCUUACCUUUCUCGACCCAGACGUGUUGACAUCCCGAAAUUUGCCAACACCACAGUCUUUGGAGCUGCUGAACAUGCCUGAUGUCAACCUUCACACCUCACCACCUUUCUUACAAAAUGAUGAUCUACUCAAUCCCAACUUCCCUUUACAAGGGCUAGGUCAGCUGUCUGCUGAAGUCAAUGCACAGUCGUAUGCGCAGGACUACGGGCCGCCAUUCUGGAACAUCAACUACUUCCUGGAAGAUUAUGUGAACUCGCUGCUUACCACACCGAUCAUGCCAGCAGAUCUGGGUGCAUCUGUCGAAGAUGACCCUGCAAACCCCCAAGUUUCAGAGGGUGAGAGGGAAAAGAUAACCAUGCUGUUUCUCAAGACGACUUGUCAUAAUCUGUCGAUCGAAGAAGAUUCUGAUAAAAACCCUUGGAAAACUGUUAUCUGGCCCAUGGCACAGCAAUAUCCGGCAUUGUACCAUGCUCUUGCGGCUUUAACCUGCUUCCACACCAGCAAGGCGCAGCCCCAGCUACGGAUUGAUGGCCAACGACAUCUACAUACCAGCGCGCAUCUACUCUCUAUAGGUAUCAACAAAAGCGAAAUCCCCUUGGAUGCGGCAUUGGCAGCAACACUAGCGUUAGGAUUCGCUGAAACCUGGGAUAGCGAGUCAGCAGCAACUGGCAUGGCCCAUAUUACCGGCGCAGGCAUAUUGCUGCAGCAAAUGCUCUCGAAUCGGACUACUGGGACCUGCACACGAGAAGAGGAGGCGCGACUUGAGUUCUUGUACAACACUUGGACCUACAUGGAUGUAAUUGCCAGGUUCACAUGCCUAGACCUGUGCCCGCCGGUUCCUGAAAGCCUCGUGGCUGCCACUGUCGGACGCUUGGAUCUCAGCACCUCGAAGCUCGACCCAUUGAUGGGCUACGCUACCUCUUUCUUCCCGAUCAUGAGACGUGUUGCGGAUCUGAUAUGCAAGGUCAGGGUCAAGAAUGCACCCCGAAACUCGCCAGUCAUCAUAUCUCAGGCGCUCGAGCUGAAACGAAUCAUCGAGGACUGGGUACCACCUAUCGACCUUGAGACGAUCGAGGACCACUCGCAACUUAUGACGGACGCCAUCCAGACUGCCGAGGCUUAUCGAUGGUCGACUCUCAGCCUCCUGUAUCAGGCAGUACCAGAACUUCCGAACUUGACGUCCUACGGAGAGCUUGCGCAAAAGAUUCUGGUCUAUCUCGCAACCAUCCCACUCUCCUCGCCUACAAUCAUCGUACACAUUCUCCCGCUCAUCAUAGCUGGCAACGACGCCGUAGAAGAGGAGGACAGGGACUUCGUAAGGGACAGAUGGAGAGCCAUGUCCAAACGCCUCGUCACCGGCAUCGUCGAACGCGCUCUUGAAAUUACCGAAGAAGUCUGGAAGCGAAGAGACGAUUAUUUUGUCGCACGUGGUAUUCCACGCAUGCCCGAGGAUGCCAUGCAGGAGGGCAUCAGCCCCACGAAUAAUGUGAACUACGGCACCGGCUCCGGAGCCGGCUCACCCAGCUCGGGAGGCUACCCUGUGACUGCGAAUCAGGCUAGACCGCCAAGUCGCAAGGUCAAUACGUUCCCGAUAUCUGCUGCAUUCAAGAAGGGCGUUGAUACUAUCACAAGAUCUGGGAGCAUUGAUUAUACAGUACGGGGGAGUCUGCAUUGGCUGGGCGUCAUGAAGGACUGGCAAUGGCAAGGUAAGAUACUCUCAAAUUCUAUUGGAACAUUACUGACAGCGAUUGUCGUUCUCCUUGGUUGA